GCCUGUGGGGCAGGGCCUCCAGUGGUGCAACAGAGACCUGUACAGACUUCUACCUGGAAUCAAGACCCUGCUUCUAAAAAUAUGUUGUCUACCAUGACACUCUGAGACACCACUUGUUUAACAAACACUUCUUGAGCACCAGACACUGGACACAUUCUGCUAAAGGACAAAAACGUGCAAAGUUUAAUCAGCAGUCUCCCGUUGCUUACCCAGUCCUGUGUCAGAGAAAGUUCAUGGCAUUCUGGAAUUCACCCUCAGACCAAGGUUCUCCUCUGUUGCUGAGACACUGCAGAAAUAAUCGCAGCAAGAAAAUACCAUCCUGAAGCUCCCUUCACCUGUGUCGGACACAUUUGCAGGCAUCGUCAUUCAGGACUCGCUUUAGUGCAGAUACUUCAGACAAAAUUAUGGAGCCUCAAACUCAGAAUUUGAAGACAAUACCACUGUUAUCUUUAGGAAGAUUUCAUAUUUCUGAAGAGUAUGGCUUUCUUCUUCCAAAUCCUCUGAAAGAACUUCCAGAUCAUUAUAGGCCUUGGAUGGAAAUUGCUAACAAACUCCCUCGCUUGAUUGAAAGUCACCAGCUUCAAGCUCAAGUGAACAAGAUGCCCCUCCUGACCUGCCAGUUCCUCCAGAGUUACCGGGAACAGCGCCUGGCCCACUUGGUUCUGAGCUUCAUUACCAUGGGGUAUGUCUGGCAGGAAGGAGAGACACAUCCCAAAGAGGUUCUGCCAAGAAAUCUUGCCCUUCCCUUUGUUGAAGUCUCGAAGAACUUGGGGAUCCCUCCUAUCCUGGUCCAUGCAGAUUUGGUGCUGACAAACUGGACCACUAGGGAUCCAGAAAGACCCCUGGAAAUCAGGAACUUGGACAUCAUUGUCUCAUUUCCUGGAGAAGAAAGCCUACGCGGCUUUAUACUGGUGACUGUUUUGGUGGAGAAAGCAGCAGUACCUGGGAUUAAGGCACUUGUUCAGGCAGUGAAUGCCAUCCUCCAGUCCAGCCAGAACUCAUUGCUUCAAGCCCUGCAGCGACUGAGACUCUCCAUUCAGGAUAUCACCAGAACUUUAGGACAAAUGCACGAUUAUGUUGAUCCAGACAUAUUUUAUGCAGUCAUCCGGAUCUUUCUCUCUGGAUGGAAGGAUAACCCAUCAAUGCCUGUGGGGCUGAUCUAUGAAGGAGUCUCCCCAGAGCCCCUGGAAUACUCUGGAGGGAGUGCAGCUCAGAGCACAGUGCUUCAUGCUUUUGAUGAGUUCUUAGGCAUUCAUCACAGCAAAGAAAGUGCUGAUUUUCUGCACAGGAUGAGGGAGUACAUGCCUCCUUCCCAUAAGGCCUUUAUAGAAGAAAUCCACUCAGCUCCCUCACUGAGAGACCACAUCCUGUCCUCUGGAAAUGGCCCACUUCUGGCAGCCUACAACCAGUGUGUGGAGGCGCUGGCGGAGCUACGCAGCUACCACAUCACCGUGGUGACCAAAUACCUCAUCACAGCGGCCACCAAAGCAAAGGGCAGGAGGCCGAAAUAUCUCCCUGGGCCACCUCUGGCCUUCGAAGAGAGGGGCACGGGAGGGACUGUAGUUCUGAGCUUUCUGAAGAGUGUCAGGAAUAAGACCUUGGAGGCAAUUCUCCACCAAAGUGAUUAAGAGACCCCCCCCUCUUCCCAACAAGGAAAAACCUCUCCCAUUGGAAGGCAUGUGGGCUUGGAAAAUGAGAAUGUCUGGAAUAAUAUGACGGGACCUCAGCCCUAUUUAUGUUCCUGCCUACAGAACACCGUCUUCUCCUUUGUUGAGGGCUGUUAGUCUUCACAGAGGAGAAUUUCCAUGACCAGCCAGAAACUUCCCUUUCCCUAUCCAAUUACUGGUUAAUAGCAAAAAGCUUUGGACACUUCCUCUUUCAGAACCCCACUGAGGUGCCAGUGUACCCCUAUUCUGUUUUUAAAGUAAUAGAAAAUCAACCUAAAUUUCGAAAACCAAAUAAAAUUGCCUGUGGACAGGUCCCCUUAUUGAUUUCUUUACAAGCAAAUUAAAUAUUCAUGCAUGCAUUCAUUCAGUUAACAGCUUGUUCCUUUCCUACUGAGCACUAGUUUAGGGAUUAGCGUAGCGAUUUUUUGUGGCCCCAAUCCCGCUUUCUUCUCCCUGAGUGUGCUGAGUCUGUGGCAGGAGGUUGGAAAUGCCCCAGUGGUGAUGUGGAGGAAAGAGGAGGCUCACGGAAGACUUGGAAGUCUCCACUGUAACAACGAAUGGUUGGUAACGUGGGAACGGAUGAGGCUCUUCUGCAUGGUUCAUCAAUUUGCAAAUUCUAUUUUAGUUUCCUUCUUUAUUUUUGGAAGAAUGAUUCUUUAUUCUUACACUGAAAGUUUAGAUUUGUAAAAUGAAUUAAUUGACCCACUGGAAGUAAACGAUCAAAAUGGGAAUAAACAGUAAAUCCACAUUUUUAGUUUAUAAAUAAAUGUAACUUUUUAUGGA